CUGCACAAAGAAUUGGAGGAAAAAUGUCAUCAAUUUGAAGAUGAGAAAUCAAACCGGAGAAGCUCAACAGUGUACUUUCGAACAACCAAACUCUGAGAACCAUGGAAAAAAAUGAGAAGAAAGGGAAGGUUCCCUGCCAGAGGCCUGCACUCACCCCGGCCCACUGCAGCCCAGCAGUGUCGGCUGUCACCGGAGAAUGCGGACGCUGGCAGCUUCCUGGGGCUGUCGCUUUGCACAAAGUCUCGUAGAAAAACAUACACGGAUGAAAUGACGUGAUAUCUGGGAUUUGGUGCAAAACAAGAGGAAGUGGGAGGUUGAGAUGAAGCAAGGUUGGCCAUGGAUUAAUUGUGAAGCCAGGUAAGCCCAGGCCAGCAUGGGGGACUCCAGGGACCUUUGCCCUCAUCUUGACUCUAUAGGGGAGGUGACCAAAGAGGACUUGCUGCUCAAAUCCAAGGGCACCUGUCAGUCAUGCGGUGUUUCCGGACCCAACCUGUGGGCCUGUCUCCAGGUCGCCUGCUCCUACGUCGGCUGCGGAGAAUCCUUUGCUGACCACAGCACCAUCCAUGCGCAGGCCAAAAAGCACAACCUGACAGUGAACCUGACCACGUUCCGGGUGUGGUGCUACGCCUGUGAGAAGGAGGUGUUCCUGGAGCCUCGGCUGGCGGCGCAGCCGCCAGGCCCCUCACCCAAGUUCUCAGAGCAGGACUCUGCGCCGCCCUCCCACCCUCUGAAAGCUGUCCCCAUUGCUGUGGCUGACGAAGGAGAGUCCGAGUCAGAGGACGAUGACCUCAAACCGCGAGGCCUCACGGGCAUGAAGAACCUUGGCAACUCCUGCUACAUGAACGCGGCCCUGCAGGCCCUGUCCAAUUGCCCCCCACUGACGCAGUUCUUCUUGGAGUGUGGAGGCCUGGUGCGCACAGACAAGAAGCCAGCCCUGUGCAAAAGUUACCAGAAGCUGGUCUCUGAGGUCUGGCACCGGAAGCGCCCCAGCUACGUGGUUCCCACCAGCCUGUCCCAUGGGAUCAAGUUGGUCAACCCGAUGUUCCGAGGCUAUGCCCAGCAGGACACCCAAGAGUUCCUGCGCUGCCUGAUGGACCAGCUGCACGAGGAGCUCAAGGAGCCCGUGGUGGCCGCGGCGGCAGCGCUGACCGAGGCUCGGGACUCAGACUCGAGCGACACGGAUGAGAAGCGGGAGGGCGACCGGAGCCCAUCAGAGGACGAGUUCCUGUCCUGCGACUCCAGCAGCGACCGCGGUGAGGGCGACGGGCAGGGGCGCGGCGGGGGCGGCCCCCAGGCUGAGACGGAGCUGCUGGUCGCGGACGAGGCGGGCCGCGCCAUCUCCGAGAAGGAGCGCAUGAAGGACCGCAAGUUCUCGUGGGGCCAGCAGCGCACCAACUCGGAGCAGGUGGACGAGGACGCCGACGUGGACACUGCCAUGGCCGCCCUGAACCAGCAGCCCACGGACACGCAGCCGCCGUCACCGCGGUCCACCAGCCCCUGCCGGACACCAGAGCCGGACAACGAGGCCCACAUGCGCAGCGCCUCUCGCCCCUGCAGCCCUGUCCACCUCCACGAGGGCCACGCCAAGCUGGCCAGCAGCCCUCCUCGUGCGAGCCCCGUGAGGAUGGGGCCGUCCUACGUGCUCAAGAAAGCCCAGGUACCGAGCUCCGGCAGCCGGCGGCGGAAGGAGCAGCGCUACCGCAGCGUCAUCUCAGACAUCUUCGACGGCUCCAUCCUCAGCCUCGUGCAGUGUCUCACCUGUGACCGGGUGUCCACCACGGUGGAGACAUUCCAGGACCUGUCGCUGCCCAUUCCUGGCAAGGAAGACCUGGCCAAGCUCCACUCGGCCAUCUACCAGAAUGUGCCAGCCAAGCCGGGUUCCUGUGGGGACAGCUCCGCCGCCCAGGGCUGGCUGGCCUUUAUCGUGGAGUAUAUCCGACGGUUCGUGGUAUCCUGUACCCCCAGCUGGUUUUGGGGUCCGGUGGUCACCCUGGAAGACUGCCUCGCCGCCUUCUUCGCCGCUGAUGAGCUGAAGGGUGACAACAUGUAUAGCUGUGAACGGUGUAAAAAGCUGCGCAACGGCGUGAAGUACUGUAAGGUCCUGCGGUUGCCAGAGAUCCUGUGCAUUCACCUGAAGCGCUUUCGACACGAGGUGAUGUACUCGUUCAAAAUCAGCAGCCACGUCUCCUUUCCCCUGGAGGGACUUGACCUGCGCCCCUUCCUCGCCAAGGAGUGCACGUCCCAGAUCACCACCUAUGACCUCCUCUCGGUCAUCUGCCACCACGGCACGGCAGGCAGUGGCCACUACAUCGCCUACUGCCAGAACGUGAUCAACGGGCAGUGGUAUGAGUUCGACGACCAGUACGUCACCGAGGUUCACGAGACAGUGGUGCAGAACGCCGAGGCCUACGUGCUCUUCUACAGGAAGAGCAGCGAGGAGGCCGUGCGGGAGCGGCAGCAGGUGGUGUCCCUGGCCGCCAUGCGGGAGCCCAGCCUGCUGCGGUUCUACGUGUCCCGGGAAUGGCUCAACAAGUUCAACACCUUCGCCGAGCCGGGGCCCAUCACCAACCAUACCUUCCUCUGCUCCCACGGAGGCAUCCCGCCCAACAAAUACCACUACAUCGACGACCUGGUGGUGAUCCUGCCCCAGAACGUCUGGGAACACCUCUACAACAGGUUUGGGGGCGGCCCUGCCGUGAACCAUCUGUACGUGUGCUCCAUCUGCCAGGUGGAGAUCGAGGCACUGGCCAAGCGCAGGCGGAUUGAGAUCGACACCUUCAUCAAGUUGAACAAGGCGUUCCAGGCCGAGGAGUCACCCAGUGUCAUCUACUGCAUCAGCAUGCAGUGGUUCCGGGAGUGGGAGGCCUUCGUCAAGGGCAAGGACAACGAGCCCCCCGGGCCCAUUGACAACAGCAGGAUCGCACAGGUCAAAGGAAGCGGCCACAUCCAGCUGAAGCAGGGAGCUGACUACGGGCAGAUCUCAGAGGAGACCUGGGUGUACCUGAAUAACCUGUAUGGCGGCGGCCCCGAGAUCGCCCUCCGCCAGAGUGUGGCCCAGCUCCAGGACCCGGACAGCUUGCACGGGGAGCAGAAAAUCGAAGCCGAGACCCGGGCCGUGUGACUCAGUGGGCCAGUCUGCCCCGCCUUUGCCCUCCUCCCUGCGGAGGGGGCGUCUGUACCCGGAAGAGAGGCCGGCUGCUCUGGAAACCCAGAUGUGUUCAGAGGCAGAAAAGUUGUUUUGGUUCACAGUGAGUAAUGCUGCGACUAGGAAAUAUAUCCACUUCAGGCUUGUUAAACGACCAAGGCUCUGCGACGUUAACUCGGGUCUUUGUCUCGGCAGUGCCCUCGUGUCACUGCUGUCGUUGUGUCCCCAAACCUGCCCUCUCGCUAGCUCGGGCCCAGCUUUUGUCCCUGGACCCUCAGUCAGGGGCCAUGGCCUUGGCACAGAGGGUCGGGGAGCGGCUGCCGCUCCGCAGGCGUUUCCCACUGGCUGCUGGUCCAGCGCCUGAGUCAUGGGUCGACGGUCAGAGCCGCGAGCAGGUGCCGAACCCUCGGCAGUGAGGGCGCUGCCGCUGGUCCCUGGGCCAGGUCCUCCCGAGGCCCUGCUCCGCCCCCGCACCUCCCGGUCGUCACGGAAGCCUCCUGAAUGCUGGGCAGCUCUCGAUGUUUUUCAUGCAGACUGAUGACGCCCGACACGUUUGCGAUUGGGACCCGAGGGCGGGGUUGGCUCUCUGUCAGUGGGGCUCAUUUCUGAAGGCAGCUGUGCUGCUGCGCUGGCCCUGUGGAUUGGCUGUCAUUUGCCCCUGCCGGGGACCCAGGUGAUGAAACAGAAAUACCUCGCGUUGCUAUGUUCGCUGCUGCUGCAGCUUCCCCGGGGGCUGACAUCUCUCCCCGACACCGAGCUGCACGGGGCCCCUGGGCCGGCUCGUACGCGCGGGUCCCGGAAGUGCGCCUUCUGGGUGCUGAGCGAGGCCACUGCUGGGGGGCUGGGACCGCCGAGCACAGCGAGGUGGCGCUGAAGCCCCUGGACGAAACGGCCGUGGCCAGUGCUCAGCCCGUCAGGGUCAAAGCGCAUGGAGGGUGGGAAAGGGGUCCCGGGACCAAACCCCCCAGAUCCCAUGGCCCUCAGCCUCCAUAGAAGCAGAUGUCAGUGGAACUUGCAGCAGGCGGUUCUGGCGGAGCCCCUGAAGCUCUCACGUGUCACUCACUUCUGUGAUCUCGUUUCACCCGGAUCUGUUUCCUUCUCCACCGAGGCAGCAUAAGAUCAAAGAACAAGCCACUGUUGGAAUUUCUGGACAUUUGCCACAGUCCUUUGGAAGUUGCUGCUGCUGCCAGCGGCGACCCCCCUGCAGAGCCCGGCGGUUGCAUGUUGCACUGUUUGUGACGUAGACUCCGCUGUGCAGGUUGUAAUCUCGCCCCACGUCUGCGCCGUCUAGUUUGUGCUCAGAAUGUCAUAAUAAAUAUGUAACGUUCCCCACA